GUCGCCAUGGUAACGGAUGAAACGCUGCAGCUGCAGAGAUUAGCUUGUUAGCAUCUGUGUGACUUCUUGUGUUUCCUCUUCCCUGUUAGCGUGAUAUUAUAUAAUAUAAUAUUACAUUAUUGACCUGCGAUGGAGGGCUCCGAUACGUACCUCAUACGACCUAAUCAUCAGUACAAGUUUAAGCCUGCCAUUGUGAAGGAGUGCAUUCGUGAAAUUGUGAGGGAGCGACUGUCUGGGAUGCAGUACGACCCAGAGGAAGUCCCAGAGCUGUCCCGUUCACUAGCAGACUGCAUUAAGGACAAAGUGAAGAGUGCGGGGUUUGACAGAUAUAAGCUGGUCGUGCAGGUGGUCAUUGGAGAACAACGAGGACAAGGAGUCAAGAUGUCUUCAAGGUGUUUGUGGGAUGCUGACACAGACAACUAUGCAGAAGAUGUGUUCAUGAAUGACAGCUUGUUCUGCGCGGUGGCAGUUUUCGGAAGCUAUUACUACUGAGGACAUACGGAUGGAUGACAGAAUUCAUUCAGAUGACGAUGAUGAAGAUGUGAGGUGAACAUUCAAACGAGACCGCUCACCGCCAGCACUUCGGGCCCACGGUGCGUUGAUGUGCAGUAACUGUAUGUAACCGCUGCCUCUUGACAUCAAGAAAGAUGACAUUCAGCGCAGAAGUUCUGGAUAUCUGGAGUGAUACUGUAGGGAUUUUAAAAUGAAGGAUCAAACCUGGAUUUCCUGACUUGUCAGGAUGGUUAUUAUAACAUGGUUAUUGAAGACAGUAAAGUGACCAGUCGUUGUGGGUUUUUGUUUUUUUACAUUUGAUUGUGUAUUCAGCGCGCUUUGAGUGCUUGUCUUAGCACAGCAGAUACAGUAGAGGUCAGUAUUUGUCUCUGAUUGUCAACAUCAUGACAGAUUGGCCAGCUUCUGUAAUUGUCUGUUCAGUGCCUCACCACCUGUAUGAUCAUAAACUUAAUUCUGCUCUCCUUUUCACACACUGAUGCCUCCCUGUUCUGCUAAUGUAUGAUUGAAGUCCUUUUAAAUAUUAAAUCAACCCUUAGUUUGAGUUUGACACUUUGUUAUCUCUCAAUGUUGGCGUCCUAUUCAUCACAGAAGUGAUAUAGCCUGGCAUUUUGAAGACUAUCAAAACAUUUAGAAAAAUUUACUUCAAUAUCCGAUUUAAAAAAAAAAAAAAUGUCACCUACUGUUAUCGUAAACAUUGCUUAUUAUAUACACUGCAUAUACUGUAACGCUAUAAAAUACAUUAUUAUCACAAUGAGCAUUUGUAGAUCUACAAAUAAACAAAUAAAAUCAUAAUUGAAAAGA